AUGAUACUCUAUUUUUUAGCAUGCAUCUUUGGAUGUUCUGCUGUUGAUGUUAAUGGAAUGCUUGAAUUAGAUAUUAUAUCAAGUACUGGUUUUAAAAAUAAAGCACUAUUACAAUCUCAAUUAGUGAAAACUAAACAAGCUGGAUUUACUGGUGUUAUGGGAGACGUUUGGUGGGGAUUAGUGGAAACGUCUCCAAAAAAUUAUAACUUUAAAUACUAUCUCGAAUUAGUGGAAAUGAUUAAGAACGUUGGUUUAAAGUACCAACCUGUUAUGUCAUUCCAUAAAUGUGGAGGUAAUGUAGGAGAUACUUGUAACAUCCCAAUUCCUAAAUGGGCUAUUGACUCUGUAAAUAAACUUGAUGGUUUCUUUAAAGAUUCCAAUGGAAAUGUAAAUGAUGAGUAUAUUAAUUUUGCUUUAGAUAAUGUUAUUGUCGAAGGUGGAAGAACACCAGUUGAUUUUUAUUAUGACUUUAUGAACGCUUUUAAUGUUGCAUUUAAAUCUUAUAUUUCUGAUGGUGUUAUUGAUGAAAUACAAAUUGGAGUUGGACCAUCAGGAGAAAUUAGAUAUCCAUCAUAUUGUGCUACUAAUGGAUGGCAAUAUCCUGGUAUUGGAGAGUUUCAAGUAAACGACUCGAACUCUCUUAAUUUGUUGCAACGUGCUGCUGAAGCUAAGUCCCAUAGUGAAUGGGCACAUAUACCAAAUGAUGCUGGUGUUUAUAACAGUAAGCCAAGUGACACUGAUUUCUUUACUGAUGGUAAACCAAACAAUUAUGCAAGUGAUUAUGGUAAAUUUUUCCUUGAAUUUUAUACACAGCUUAUGCUCAAUCACACUGACCGUGUAGUAAUUGCUGCCAGAAAAGCUUUUGGAACUUCGCUUCCUCUUGCAGCUAAAGUUUCUGGAAUUCAUUGGUGGUAUGGUACUUCUUCUCGUGCUGCUGAAGCAACUGCUGGUUAUUAUCAAGUCAACGGCUAUUCUACUUAUUCUAAAAUUAAUGAUAUUUUAGGAAAACACGGAGCCCGA